CGGAACAAUGUCAGUUUGAAGAUGGAUGUGGAACAUAACCAAGCUUUGGACACUCAGUUGAGCGAGCUUAAAAUAGGAACCAUGGCAGCUUUUGCUGUAUCAGCGUUCUCACCUUUCUCAAGGGCAGGCUCAUGAAACUGCAUCUAGAUUGUGGAUGGUUGUUGCUUGUGGCAUAUUGUAAUGGUGUCCUGUUUACAUGCAAGUUCCUUUCUGUUUUUUUUUUUUGAACCAGUGAUUGAUGAGGGGAAAAAACAUCAAGAAGAGGAGGGAGAAAAGGAAGGACAGCUGAUCUAAGCCCAGGGGAUUAUGCUAGUGAGUGUGCAUUCGGCAUGGAGUUUGGUGUAAACUAGUUUAUUUGCUUUGCUUUACCUGGGAGAGAAUGAUGCUCAGCUUGAAAUUGUAUCAGGAGGGUUGCAUCUGCCUUCUAUAAACCUGGAAACUAAAUUUGCAGAUAAGUUCAAAAAUUUGUUGAAUGUACAAUAUACAUGAAACCUAAUUUUCUUAAAUCAUCUGAAUCUUGCAAAGAUUACUAUAGACAAGCUUAUACAUGUUUGAAGUAAGCUAAAACUAAGAAAAAAAUUGGUUUUAAUGUUGCAUUUGUGGCCAUCUUAUUAACGGGUUAAAUUCAGUGGGGAAAUUGCCUAGCAGUAAAGGAAGUUUUGUGUCCUUUAUGCUAAGCAUGCUGCUUCCUUUUCCUCUUUCACCCCUUAACUUGAGACUGAAGUGAGGCAUAUGAAACAAGGAAGCAACACCACAAGCUACAAUAAGCUGUUUUACACGCUUAAAUAUUAGCAUUUUGGACUCCAUUGAAGCUGUUGAAGUUGCCUUAUGUGCUGCAAGUAAUCUGUUUUAAGAAAGUUUUGCUUCAAGCUUGUAUUUGGUUUAUUGUAUGGCAGCAUGCUGCAUUCCUGAGAGACUUCAUUUUCGGAGCUGUGUGUUUGUCCGAUGCAGCACUGCUGCCUGCCAGCAAGACAGAUAUGGGCAGCAAUUUUACAGUGGUGUAGUGAGUCUGAUUCUGACCGUGGAGUUUUGAAUUCAAGCAACCAGCCAAUGGAAAACUUUUUUGGAAUCCUGAAAUGGAACAAGCAUUAAAUGUGUGUGCGCCUUAAACCUAUUUUUUUUCUCUUGAACUUCCUGAGAUUUCUUCAGAGCAUAAAACGACACCCACUCAGCACCAGUGUGGACAAUGAGGGCACAGGGCUUGCUGUUGGCACUGCUGUGCCUGAUGGGAUGUGUGGGAUAUUGUGGCACCUUAUCAACCUGUAAACCUCUGAACCUGGAGCUGGUGAAAAGGAAGCGCAUUGAGGCCAUACGCGGACAAAUCCUCAGCAAACUACGACUGGCUAAAGAGCCAGAAGAUGAUGAUGAACGAGAAGAUGAGGUGCCUGCAGAGGUCCUGUCUGUUUACAACAGCACUGUGGAGUUGAGCGAGGAGCUGAUGCAGAACACUGACCAUGUGGAUUCUCCUGAUGCAGAGGAGGAAACGUACUAUGCCAAGGAGGUUCAUAAGUUUAACAUGAGUAAUACUGUGAAUGACAUGGUGAUGCUGUUUAACGUCACUGCAAUGAAAGGUGUUCUGGGUUCAGACCGUAUGAUUUCCCAGGCUGAGCUCCGUCUUCUCAUCAGAGAGCCUAGAAUACCUUCUGGCAACGAGCAGAGGUUAGAGCUUUAUCAUGGGGCUGGGGAUAAGGCUCGGUAUCUGAAUUCACAUUUCAUCACCAAUGAAUUGAAUGGCAAAUGGAUAUCAUUUGAUGUGACACAGAUUGUGAAAAACUGGCUGCAAAAUCCUGACACAGAUGAGGAAAGUGCAUUGAAGGUGAAGUUACAUUGUGCGUGUGGUGAGAGUAACAAACAGAUGCUUUUCCAAAUUUCAGGCGUGUCCAAUAGUAGAGGAGAUACAGGAGCUCUAAAAGCCAAAAUGGCAAAGCCACACAUUCUGGUAAUGUCACUUCCUGAAGAUCGUGUCCGUCAUCUGAGGUCGCGGAGGAAACGGCAAGCUACAGGAGAUGCAGUUUGUUCUGAGCAGUCAGAUGUUUGCUGUGUGAGAAGACUUUAUAUAGACUUUCGCAGAGAUCUGGGUUGGAAAUGGAUACACGAACCCCCUGGUUACUAUGCAAACUACUGUAUUGGCUCCUGUUCCUUUGUCUGGAAUGCAGAAAAUAAGUACUCACAGGUGCUGGCACUGUAUAAACAUCACAAUCCGGGAGCAUCAGCCCAACCUUGCUGUGUGCCACAGGUCCUGGAUCCUUUACCCAUCCUUUACUAUGUGGGGAGACAACAUAAGGCCAGUAUAAUAACAUGUAUGCACUACAGUACAGCAGGGAAACCUUCACCUACUUGGAAAGAAAUGUAA